AUGGCAGGAAAGCGACCCGCAGAGGAGACUGUGAAUCCGCCAUCAAAGCGGGCCAAGUCUUUGCAGAAGAAAUCGUCUACAAAGAAGCAGGCUCCUCAGAAGAAAGUUCCUCAGAAGGAGGCUUCACAGACGAAGGCUUCACCCCAGAAGGUUUUACAGCAGAAAGCUUCUCAGAAGGCUCCUUCGCAGAAGCUGCAGGGCCCAGCAUCCAAGUCUUCUGGAUCUGCUGGACCUGUUGCAGCGAAACCCAUCAUUAAUACUGCACCCAUCUCCCGACUGGACAUCUUUGUCUUUGGAGAAGGUGGUACUGGGGAACUAGGAUUGGGUGUCAAGAAUGCCGUCAAUGUGAAGACACCCCGUCUGAACGUGAAUCUCCAUGCAGAAACUGUUGGAGUAGUAGACAUUUGUGCCGGUGGAAUGCAUGCAGUCGCUUUGACUCAUGACAACCAGGUUCUGACCUGGGGGUGGAAUAAAGAGAUCAAGGAGGAGGAUGGAACUGCUUCAGAGGAAAGCCGUGUUGAUCUCAAUCCUGCCGAGUCUACUCCGGCUGCUGUCCCGAGUCAUAAGUUUCCACAUGGCACAAAAUUCGUCCGUGUUGCUGCGGGAGAUAGUAGCACAUUUGCCCUGACGGAGGAUGGAUCUGUCUAUGGUUGGGGGACCUUUCUGAACAACGAAGGGAAUGACGGAUUUUCUCUGGACAAAAACCAAGUCAUCAAAACGCAGAGCGAUCCUUUACUGAUCCCCAAUCUCGAGAACAUUGUGGCCAUCAGUAAACGAGCAGAACCAGCUAGGCCGGCGGAUUCUGUCGAUCGUCGUCGGACUUUACAAAUUGGGAGACUAGGUACUGAGCAGCUCCGGAGCAACGCUGGUCUUCUCCCUGGCGUUGUGCCUCUGCCUCCGAGGAAGAAGAUCGUCUCAAUCCACGCGGGUAGCUAUCACGCUUUUGCCAUCGAUUCUCACGGUGACACGUGGGCCUGGGGCCUGAAUAAUUUCGGACAGACGGGCAUUGCAGCCGGCGCAGGGAACGGUGGCAGCACGAUUGUCACGCCGCAGAAAGUUGCUUCUUUGGCUGGGAAGCUAAUGAAAAUGAUCCAGGGUGGAAACCAUCACUCGAUAGGUAUCACUCGAAAGGGAGAGUGUCUCGUUUGGGGCCGCAUGGACGGUGCUCAAAUGGGCGUUGAUGUCAACAAGUUCGAGGAAGAUGACCCUAGAGUUAUUUGCGAACGUGGAAGGCUACGCGUUCUUCUCGAACCGACUGUGCUGUCAGUUGCUGAUUGUGCCUAUGCCGCUGCUGGGUCGGAUCACAAUAUUCUGGUCACUAGGGAUGGAAAGGCGUAUUCUCGGGGCUUCAACCUGAGCUACCAGUGCGGUCAGGGCUCAGACGAUGAAGAAAUAGUGCUCCCAAAGCUGAUCGACGAUUCUGCCGUCCGCGAUAAGAUGCUGUGCUGGGCAGGAGCCGGUGGUCAAUACUCGAUGCUCGCAGCUCCUCACGAGGCUUAG